AUGGGCAGCGGCGGGUCGGCGGGACGCGGGGCGCGGGCGGCCGUGGCCGAGGGGCCGGACGGCGCCGAGCAGCGGCUGGAGGUGCGCAGGGGCCGCGUGCCCCCGGCCCUCUGGGCUCAGCGAGGCCUUCGGAAGCUCUACCUGAGCGGCGUGGGGCUGCGGGAGGUGCCGGCCGAGCUGGCCGCGCUCCGGCACCUGCGCACGCUGGCGUUGGACGGCAACGAGCUGAUGGAGGUGCCCGAGGAGCUGUGCAGCCUGCCGCGCCUCGCCUACCUCUACCUGGGCCGCAACGGCUUGCAGGGGCUGCCGGCCGCCUUCUCGCUGCUGCAGAGCCUGCGCUGCCUGUGGCUGGAGGGCAACUUCUUGCGGCGCUUCCCCGGCGCCCUCCUGCGCCUGCCCGAGCUCCGCAGCCUCCAGCUGGGCGACAACCGCCUGGCGCGCCUGCCCUCCGCCCUGCCCCGCAUGGCCGCUCUGCGGGGGCUCUGGCUCUACGGAAACCGCUUCGAGGAGUUUCCCGCCCCGCUCCUGCGGAUGGUGGAGCUCCGGGUCCUCGACCUGGACCGCAACCGCAUCGGCCGCUUCCCCGACCUCAGCGGCCUCUCGGCUCUGCGCCUCUUCUCCUACGACCACAACCCGGCCCGGCAGCCGCCCCGCGUCGGGGACGCCGUCCAGCUGGUGGGAGACGGGGCGCAGGAGCUGAUGGAGGCGCGGCAGGAGCGGCUGCAGAGCCUUCAGCAGCGGGACGAGGAGGAGGAGGGGCCGGAGCCGCAGCCGUGUCGGGCGCUGUGGAGCAUCCUCAGCCGCGAGAUGCCCCGGACCGGCUGGCAAAGCCCCGGGGCAACGAGCCCCAAGCAGACCCGGGGCUCGGCGGCAGCUCAGCUCCCUUAUUCCCCCCCCGAGCUCGGCUCUGCCCGUGGCAGGGACAGGUACAAGCUGUCAGUCCCUCUUGCGACCUUCCCUGCAGCCCAGGCAGAGCAUCCCGGCAUGGAGCGACCCCAACAUGACACCCUGGGGUACACCGAGGGUCGUGCCAUCGCUCUGGGCUGCUGCUGCUAA